CGGGAGCUUCCCGCCGUGUAACCCCCUGUCAUCUUUCAUCUGUCAUCUUAUCCUUCAGCUCAAAAGCUCCACAGCUUUCUACCUAUCGUCUUCUUCGCAUCUCCUUUGUACAAGCUCUAGGUUAAAUAUAUACACUGCAGCUCUACAUGUGCAUAGAACAUUCCGAUUAAUGACCAAUUCUAUGGCAACACUUUCUAGAGCAAUAAUCUAAACGGCCAGAUGGCCACCCCGCCUGCCAAUUGUCAUAAUUAUCCCCCCGACGAUUACCACAGCCCCAAGUUCCCGUCCCUCUGCUGGCCUCCUCAGAACCAAUACUGCGCCUUAUAUUCGGUCUGGGACUCAUGGCGAUAUACACUUCUUUGGACCCUGAUCCUCUAUGCCGUGUUCCAUUUCGGAGCCGUGGGCAUCGCCCUCGCAAUGCAGAUCGGAAAGCCGCGAUUCGUAUGGAAGUACAUGCUGGCUGUCCCAGCGAUAUACGCCUUGGUUGCUGGGGCUGAGGCAUUGUUUACCGGUAGCAUCGUUGGAUUAAUGCUCGGCGCUAUCUACAUCUCUGGAUGCUACCAGAUGCCGACCUGGAUACCGUUCAUCUGGGGGUGGAUAAAUGUCUUGGUCUUGAUCGUCUCCUCCUUCACCAUUCAGGGAGGUCUAUAAAACCCUAUGCUACAGCCCGAAAUAAGCCGUGUAUCCAAGGGCAAUCGACCUUGAAAGGCCUCUCAACCCGGGACCAAUGCAAUUAUCCCACAAUGGGAGAUA